CUCCACACUUCCCUCCGCUGCGCUUACCUGCGGCGCGUCUGCUAAUUAACCCUCUAUUAAUACUUUGCGCCCAUAUACAAGAGCCAGAACGCUUCCUUGCCGGGUUGAGCUCCGUCGCACCGAACACUCGCGCGACUCAUGCCCGCAACACAAGCAGCUAUCGAAAAGGCUGGAGCUCCCACGACCGCCACAAGUACAAAAGGUGGAGCCGCGCAAGGCGCCCAAGAAGAUCAGAGUCGCAUCGUCAGACUCCAUAUUACGCCCUUGACCCCCGCGCUCCUCAACGUCUACCUGCCGCCCACGGUCCUCCCGCUCGCGAAGAACAUCUCGUACCACACCGUCGUGACCUUCCCGGAGAAAGGCUUCGGAUACGUCGAGCUACCGGCUAUGGAAGCGCAGAAGCUCAAGAAGAAGCUCAAUGGCUCGACGCUCAAGGGUUCGAAAGUCAGGAUAGAGGACGCGAAGCCGGAGAAGCGCAAGGCAGGUGAGGAUGCCGAGGAUGCGAAGGAGAACGGAGAGCGCCCCGUCAAGCGCGCGAAGAAGGAGAAGAGGAAGAAGGAGCAGGGUGUGCUAGCAGGGGUUGAAUUGCCUGAUGAGAGGAAGGUCAAGCGCGGGUGGACGGACCCACCCGUCAAGAGCAAGAAGGAGAAAAAGGGAAAGGACAAGGAGAAGUCGAAGCGGAAGGAGUCGAAGUAUACCAAGGAGCCGGAGGUGCUGUUCAAGGCGAAGCUUACGCCUGUUGCGGCUGCUGAGGUCGCCCAGAAAGAGAAGAAAAAGGACAAGAAGGAUAAGAAGAAGUCGAGGUCGAAGCGGGACGUGGUAGUGCACGAGUUCGAGAAGAAUGCAAAGCAGCCGAGCUUUCUGAAGGAGGCUAAGGUGUCAGCGGAAAAGAAGCCCGCGGUGGAUUAUGUUGACGGCAAAGGAUGGGUAGACGAGGACGGAAACGUGGUUGAGGCUGAGACCGGGAAGGCCAGGAACAGAAGAGUACUGGAGCUGGUGGAUUCCGCGCCGGUGCAGCCUACUACGGAAAAGAAGCCCUCUGCUACCCCGUCGCCGAAGUCUUCGCCUGCACCUAAACCCGCAAAGAAGGAGAAGAAGAAAACGAAGAUGACACCACCUCCCUCUUCAUCCGAGUCUGAGGACGAGGAAUCCUCCGUGGUAUCAUCUUCCGAAGAUGAUUCGUCCGGAUCAGACCCAGAGGACGGAGCCGAAGCAGAAGCCUUGCCAUCAUCACCUGCUCAGGCGCCCAAUUCUGACGCUCCUGAGAUAGCCUUGACGCCAUCAUCACCUGCAAAGAAGGAGGUCCAUCCCCUGGAAGCGUUGUUCAAGCGCUCAAAACCUCCAGCUUUAUCAACCCCGGGGUCUAACACCGCAUCCACCCCCGGGAAAGGCCUUGCGCCGAUCAAUACCUCAUUCAGCUUCUUUGACGAAAGCAGCGAUGCCAUGGACGUGGACGCCGAUGCUGAUCCGUCCGGAAACCCGCCAGUCACGCCCUUCACGCAGCGAGACCUCGAAUGGCGCGGUCUCCGAAGCGCGGCACCAACGCCUGACACAGCGGCUAUCGGCCGGCGCUUUUCCUUCCCCUGGCGCAAUAGCAGUCAGGAGAUGGACGAAGAGGAGGAAGGCGACGACGAGGAAGCAGAGAAGCAGCUAUCCAACAACACCAAGGCGAAUGCGUCCGCCACGCACCUGCCUGGCGUCGCUGAAGAAGACGAGGAAGAUGCAGAAGCCGGUGCUGGGCAGGGCGCGGAAGGAAAGGACGAGGAAGAGGAGCCUGAGAGCGAGUUCAAAAAGUGGUUCUGGGAGAACCAGGGGAGUCUGAACCGCGCGUGGAAGAAGAGGAGGAGGGAUGCGCUGAAGGCGAAGAGGUUGAGCGAGAAUAAGAGGGCGGUUGGCGGGGGAAGAGUCGGGUAGAUGCAGCGAGUAACGUCGGUUGCGUUCAGAGCGAUUGGGCUAGCGGAAUAGAGGGCUUGACGUGUGGUGUGCCGUCUGAAGGGCAUGCGUUCAUAUUUCUUAAUGUAUAUACUUUAAUGUCGAAUGCCGUUGUUGAAGCACGACUUCAUGUUUCAGAAAGCAGACCGCAUUGAAGUUCCCGACUUGAGGGACUAAGGCAUGAG